CAAGUGCCCCCCGGACGAAAACUGAUGGUUAAUAUUUGAUUUUCUUUCCUGGUGCGGUGUCUCCGUCAUCUGAGGGUAUUCUAGGCAUAGAUCAAAGGACCUUCUGAAAGAGCAAUCGAUUGUCGCUUCUGGUGUUUGGUUGCUGUCUUCUCCGUCCAAUGCCAUCAAUGUGGUACAUCAUGGAGAAUGUACAACAAGCUCACCACCUGUCAGAGCGGUUGAUAAGAGCCAUUUGUAACUGGCACCACACCCAGGACGGACGAAAUGACACCAUAGAGGACGUGAUCAACCAAGGGGCGGAGGUGAAUCGUGUGCAUGGUGGGUUGCUCCCCCUGCACUGUGCCGCAAUGAUUAGUGACAGCUACAGUCUCAGGUUACUUCUCCAAAAAGGUGCACAGGUGAACCUUGCUGACGGUUACGGCAGAAUGGCGAUCCACUACGCUGCUGAGAAAGAUGUGGAAUGUUUGGAGAUUCUUCUGCAACAUGGUGCUGAUGUCAACAGCCCAGACCUUAAUAUGGACACACCACUUCACUGGGCCACAUUUAAAAACCACCUGGGCACCGUCAUGCUCCUGCUGCAGUGUGGUGCUAACCCUGAUGCUGCGGAUUACAACAACGACACGCCCCUGAGCUGGGCAGCACACAAGGGACACCUGGGUGUGAUUCGGCUUCUGCUGGACUACAACGCCACAGUGGACGUCCGCAAUCACAGCGGCCACACACCGCUACAAAGGGCAGCCUUCAUGGUGGCUAGCGGCCUGAACUCUCACCAAGAAGAUGCAUGCUUGGACCUUCUAGUCAAGUCCUGCGGCCAGUUUGACGUUCGAGAUGGUGAUGGUCAAGUGAUACGGCUGAUAGCAGAGGAUAAUAAACUGACCGAUGUCCUUGUGCCUCUAUGUAACAGUCCUCGGACUCUGUCCAGUCUGUGCCGCUACCAGAUACGCUCAAGUCUAGGCAAGAAAUACUUGCCCAAUGUGAUCCCUAAGCUGCCUGUGCCUAGAAGCCUGGCUGCUUUCAUUUCACUGCAGAGUUAA